AUGUUACAGAUUCCAGCAAGCAAAGAGUGGAGAUAUCGGAUGCGUGUUGCUGUGCCGCGCUGUGUAUACCUUGCCCUCCUAUGCAUACCUACGUGUCGUCAUUGCAACGAACGAAAAAAACACAAUGCCUGCAAACUACAGUCGGUCCUUAUUCAACAAGUGCUGCAAUGCCAUGUGUACAAGCUUGCCUCGUCGACGCAACGCUUUGGGUGUGUGUGUGAAAAUGUGUAUAGGUGUGUGCGGGCGUGCGUGCGUGUGUUGGUAUGCACCAAUGCAUCCGACCUUACAUGGACGCUGUCCAAAGCAAAGUGUUGUGAUGCGCAAGGAUCCUGCAACUAA